CAGGCGGCUCGCGCGAUUCAUGUCGACCCACGCCCGGCUGACCCGGUCGCUGCUGAGCCUGCUCGUGCUCGCGGGCAGCGCCUCUGCCAAGCGUGUCGAGGUGCGGGGCCGCCAGCUCCUCCUCGACGGCCAGCCCUUCGAGGUGCGCGGGAUCUGCUACAGCCCGACGCCGAUCAACGCCUCGGUCCACUUUGCUCCGUACGGCGACUACUUCACGGCCGACUUCUCCUUCAUCUGGCUGCGCGACCUGCGGCUCAUCAAGGCGAUGGGCGCCAACAUGCUCCGCGUCUACGGCUGGCUCCCCGAGAACGACCACUCCGACUUCCUCGACGCCGUCGAGGCGCAUGGCCUCAAGCUGAUGGCCACCUUUUACAUGGGGGAGGCGAGCGAGUCGCCGGUGGAGACGGAGGAGCAGCGCGGCAAGGUGGUGCGCCGCUUCGCCGAGCAGGUCCGCCAGUAUCGCGACCACCCCGCCCUCAUCAUCUGGUCGUUUGGCAACGAGCUGAACGGCGUGUGGAACGGCUACCUGCAGCAGCUCGGGCACAACCCGGCGGCGCCGUGCGCGUGGGACGAGCGGUACGACGACCUGGGCGGCUGCUGGAUCCACAAGGGCAAGCCGCCCGUCCCCGGCUCGCAGUGCUACAACACCUCGUACUGCGUCUACUCGCGCCUGUUUGGACUCAUCAACCAGGCCGCCGAGGCUGCCAAGGCCGAGGCUGACGUGCUCAUCGUCUCGGCGAUGGCGGACGUCGACGCGCUCUACGAGAAGGUUGCCCGCGCGGGGCACCUCGCGCCGUCGCUCGAUGCGUGGACGGCGCAGGUCUACCGCGGCAACACGUUCGGCGACUUUUUCGGCACGAUGAGCGACGCGACCGACAAGCCGGUGCUGCUCACUGAGUACGGCGUCGACGCGUACCACGACGUGUGCGGCACCCAGGCCACCACGCCCUGCUACAACCGCUUCGGCGACGAGUCGGGGUCGUACGUCGACGAGGCUGCGCAGGCGGACUACGCGCUCAAGCUGACGCGCGAGAUUCAGUCCAACUCGUCGCUGCAGGAGCACUGCGGCCGCGCCAAGCGUGGGUCGACCGACGAGGACGGGUACCCGAAUUGCGCCACCGUCGGCGGCUUCCUCAUGUCGUGGGUGGACGAGUACUGGAAAGGCGCGACGGCGCAGGCCAAGUGCGCGCCGACGUACGACGACCCGGACUUUUCGGUCGCCACCUGCGACGACCACGCGCACGUGACUUGCGGCAACUGGAACGCCAGCGACCACGACCUCUGCGGGUACAAGCUCGACGCCGCGCCCGACGGCUAUGUCAACGAGGAGUGGUUUGGCAUCACGACGCCGACAACCUGCGGCGACGACAUCAACGCGAUCGCGCCGCGAGACAUCUUUUGGCAGAUGCGCCACCACUGGACAGGUGCCGGGAAGGAGCCGUCCCUCUUUGGGAGUUGCGAGACGACGCUCAGCGAGAAAUGCGCGGCGCGCGAGCUGCCGACGGGGCUGCCUUUCCUGCCGCCGCCGCCGCCGCCGUCGGGCGGCCACUGCUCGCUGCGCGGCCAGUGCGUCACCGACCACCGCAUCUGCGGGCCGGGGGACGUCAACAGCUCGGUCACGCCGUGCUGCGCGUGCGAUAGCGGCUUCGCGGGCAGCACGUGCGAGCAGCUAGACGCGCGAACCUACCUGGCCCUCGGGGCGGGGUCGGUUCUUGUGGGCCUCCUCGUCCUCCUCGCCAUCACCACGGUUGUGGGCAAGCUCUUCCGCGCGGAAAGCGCCGCGAGGGCUGCGACGGAGCUAAAAUGAGGCGGCUUUGCGCGCCCCUGCACUGUUCAUGCUGAUCUCCAAGCGCGAAUGCCAGCGCAGUUUUUCGUUCGAGAGGGCGGGGGGAGAGAGAUUGUGGCCGCGGGGUUGGCCGCCGGCUGCGGCGGGGGGGAUCACACUGAUUUUGUAUUUCGGUCGGAGUACUACCUCUG